AUGGCUGCAUUUGGCCGUUGGAGUGCAUACGGUGGUUUUGGAAAAACAAUUCGACUUCUAUAUUUCUCCACUCAACUAUUUUCCAUAUUGUUAUCCAUCGCAACCUGCGGAUAUGGUGUAUGGUUGGUAAGGAAUCGAGCACAGUAUGCUGAAUUACUCAGCCCCAGUUUAUACGUGGAUGUAGCCCGUAUAAUGAUUGUUAUCUCAAUAUUUGCUAUCAUUAAUGCUGCCAUUUCUAUAUGGGCAAUUGUCAAAGAAUUAAGAUGCAUGAUCUAUUCGUAUGUUACCUCCAGUUUUGUUAUAUUUGUUAUGCUUUUCAUCGGCGGUAUCAUGGGUUUCGUAUUUCGACAACAGUUGAUGCAUCAAAUACCGCUAAAUCUGAAAAUGUUAACUUCGCUAAGAGAACUGUAUGGAACACGGGAAAUGGACGGUAUAACCAAUGCUUGGGAUGAACUACAAACCAACUUCAAAUGCUGUGGAGUUGAUGGUACAGACGACUACCGUGUAUGGAAAACUUCAAAAUGGCACAUGCGGCAAAGAGAACCAAAAAAGAUGUUCCCAAUCUCUUGCUGUGCGACAGAAGAUAUUAAUAGCUGUUUAGCAGUAGACAUGCAAAAUCCAAAUAAAACUCUAAUCUACACAGGUACCUGUUUUGUACCGCUGAGAACUGAUUUACUCGCCGUAAUGUACAGUGCUGCCUGGCUUGCAAUCGGAUCCAGCAUAGUUCUCCUUAUCCCUGCCAUAUGUGCGGGCAUCUAUGGAAAACUAAUCAAAAAAUGA